AGGCGCCACAAUGCACGUGAAGAAGUACCUGCUGAAGUGCCUGCACCGGCUGCAGAAGGGCCCCGGCUACACCUACAAGGAGCUGCUGGUGUGGUACUGCGACAACACCAACACCCACGGCCCCAAGCGCAUCAUCCGCGAGGGGCCCAAGAAGAAGGCCAUGUGGUUCCUGAUCACGCUGCUCUUCGCCUCGCUCGUCUGCUGGCAGUGGGGCGUCUUCAUCAAGACCUACCUGAGCUGGGAGGUCAGCGUCUCCCUCUCCAUGGGCUUCAAGGCCAUGGACUUCCCUGCCGUCACCAUCUGCAAUGCCAGCCCCUUCCGGUAUUCCAAGGUCAGACAUUUGCUCAAGGACUUGGAUGAGCUGAUGGAGGCAGUCCUGGCGAGGAUCCUGGCUCCCGAGUCAAGCCAGGCCAACGCCACCGCGGCCAUGAACCUCUCCACGUGGAACUACACACCCCUGGUCCUCAUCGAUGAGCGCGACCCCCACCACCCGGUGGUCCUCGACCUCUUUGCCAACGACCCCACCGGCUCGGCAAGCAGCAGCCCGGGGCCACGAGGGGCCUGCAAUGCCCAGGGGUGUAAAGUGGCCAUGAGAUUAUGCAGCCUCAAUGGGACCUCGUGCACAUUCCGGAACUUCAGCAGCGCCACCCAGGCGGUGACCGAGUGGUACGCGCUGCAGGCCACCAACAUCUUCUCGCAAGUGCCGCAGCGGGAGCUGGUGGAGCUGGGCUACUCCGCGGAACGGCUCAUCCUGGCCUGCCUGUUCGGGGCCGAGCCCUGUAGCUACCGGAACUUCACGUCCAUCUUCUACCCGGAUUACGGCAACUGUUACGUCUUCAACUGGGGCAUGACGGAGAAGGCGCUGCCCUCGGCCAACCCGGGAACCGAAUUUGGCCUGAAGCUGAUCCUGGACAUCGGCCAGGAAGACUACGUCCCCUUCCUGGCGUCCACGGCCGGCGUCCGGCUCAUGCUGCACGAGCAGCGCUCCUACCCCUUCAUCCGCGAGGAGGGCGUCGACGCUAUGUCGGGGACGGAGACGUCCAUCGGGGUGCUGGUGGACAAGCUGCAGCGUAAGGGCGAGCCCUACAGCCCGUGCACGGUGAACGGCUCUGACGUCCCGGUGCAGAACCUCUACGGCAGUUACAACACCACCUACUCCAUCCAGGCCUGUCUUCACUCCUGCUUCCAAACCCAGAUGAUCGCCAGCUGCCAAUGCGGCCAUUAUCUGUACCCGCUGCCCCGCGGGCAGGAAUACUGCAACAGUCGGGACUUCCCGGACUGGGCCCCUUGCUACUUGGCUCUGCGGAUGAGCGAGGCCGAGAGAGAGACGUGCAUCCGCAUGUGCAAGGAGUCCUGCAAUGACACCCAGUACAAGAUGACCAUCUCCAUGGCCGACUGGCCUUCCGAGGCCUCUGAGGACUGGAUCUUCCACGUGUUGUCUCAGGAGCGGGACCAGAGCACCAACGUCACCUUGAGCAGGAAGGGUGUUGUCAAACUCAACAUCUACUUCCAAGAAUUCAACUACCGCACCAUCGAGGAAUCGGCCGCCAACAACAUCGUCUGGCUGCUCUCCAAUCUGGGCGGUCAGUUUGGCUUCUGGAUGGGGGGCUCCGUGCUGUGUCUCAUCGAGUUUGCCGAGAUCAUCAUUGACUUCGUGUGGAUCACCAUCAUCAAGCUGGUGGCCCUGGCCAAGGGCCUGCGGCAGAGGCAAGCCCAGGCUCGCUACGCGGGCCCCCCGCCCACCGUGGCCGAGCUGGUGGAGGCGCACACCAACUUCGGCUUCCAGCCAGAUGUGGGCCACCGCAGCCCCGACGCCGAGGCCUACCCCGACGAGCAGGCCCUGCCUAUCCCGGGCACCCCGCCCCCCAACUACGACUCCCUGCGCCUGCAACCGCUGGACGUGGUUGAGUCUGACAGCGAGGGUGAUGCCGUCUAGACCCUGCCCCCGCCUACCUGUGCACCCUGAGAACUCGAAGCUAAGAAGCCAAGGCCAGUAGUCAUCCUUAGUCUCAUUUUGUGAUGCCUUCUCCCUGGGCCAGGACUGGAGGUGUCUAAACUCAGAGCCCCUUUCUCUCUACAGGGAAGCCAGCGGCAACUGGCCAAUCCCAGGCAGAGGGCUUCUUCCUGGAGUUACCAGGCUGGCAUAGUAUGGAGCCACUGUGUUCUCCCCUGGUUCCUGCCCAUGCACAGACCCCCGGCACGCCCUGUCCUGGUGGCCAGCCACCUCACUCCCCGUGCCAGUUGCCCUCUGCCUCAGAGAUGAGCACAUGGGCACGCCCUGCAGUCUGCUUCCCGUACUCAGCCACCCUUUUCCUUCCUGGCCUUGGCUGACCCCUGCCAACAGUGAGGGCGGCCGUGACAGGCACCAGGAGAGAGCAGCAGGUGUGGGCCCCUGCCGGGUGACACCUACUUUGUUCUAGAAAAUAAAAGUAAAAGAAGCUGA